AUGGAGGAGCCAUUUCUCUAUCUAAGUGGACCAUGGAGCCUAAUGAAUGAGCAUAUAUCCCUCGGGCCAUGUAUUGUAACUUGCACGCGUCUCUCAGCUAACCUGGUUGUACAGAACUUGUAUGAAGCGGUGGGUCAUCCAAAGUCUCGCCUUAUUAUAAAGACAAAAGGGCUUGUAAUGGUUAGUCAUGUCCAAGGUGUCUUCCACGGCCAGAAGCUCAUAUUCCUUUGCUUUUGUUGGACACCAGCACAUGACACAGCUGAGCUGAAGUCGUUUGGACAAAUAUAUGCGUGUCAAUGGAGGAGGGUUUGGCCUCUCAAUCUUCUCCAUAGGUACAGGGCAUGCAUGACCUUGCCAAGGGCACCCUUCGCAAUGGCCAACGAAACAAGGCUUUGA